UCUUACUCUCACUGAUUCUCUCUCUCUCUCUGAGGCCGGCAUGGAUAGAAGGCUCUGCUUUGUUGUUGUUCUUGUACUAGCUGCUAUUAGCAGCUGGCGCUGUAGUGCUAAAGAUUUAGCAGCUGCUGACCAUAAGAGAGAUGUCUUCUCAGAGAAACAAGUUCAAGUCAGCGGAAAUGAAGAUCUGUGCUUACAGUGUAAACAACUUUUCGCAAUCUAUUCUGAUAAGCAGAAACAAAGCGAGAUGAUUGACGAUCUUCACAACUACUGCUCUAGGUUUUUUGAUUUGGCGCAAAUGUGCAUUGCCCUUUAUGAACCAAUACUUACUAGUAUAUUCGACCGGAUCAACUCCUCAACGCCUGAAAGUUUCUGCAAAUUUUUCUGUGAAGGAGUUGAUCCCAUUUCUCAACAAAGUGCAAGAAACUGGUUUUCUAAUAUGCCCCUCCGAUUCUGAUGAACGCCGAGCAGUUCCCUGUAACAAAUGGCAUCUGCAUCUUUGCAACUCGCCAACUCUUGGAAUUGAGUGUGGUCUGCUUUCUUUUACAACCUUGUUCACAUGUUGUAGAGUGUGGUCUGCUUUCUUUUACAACCUUGUUCACAUGUUGUAGAGUGUGGUUUGCUUUCUUUUACAACCUUGUUCACAUGUUGUAGACUCUGGUUCACAUGUUGUACGCGCAUUGCGCGAAUAAUUCAAUGCCCAAUUUGUAUUUUCAAAUUAGUGUU